ACAUACAUGAGGAAUAAGUUUCCUUACGUUUCCUUAUAAAAUCUUCGUUGUUGAUCAAAAAGACGAGAUGAUGAAACUUGUAAUCCUCAUAGUUAUAGUUGUCACUAACAUUACUUCGCAGGUUCACUCGGUUGAAUCAGUUUCACCUCCAUUUGCAUGCGACUUCUCAAACCCAUCAACGAAACUCUAUCCUUUUUGCAAAACCACGUUAUCCAUAAGCCAGAGGGUCCAAGACCUUAUUUCUAGGCUUACGUUUGAUGAAAAAAUAGCCCAACUAGCUUACGCAGCCCCUCCAAUUCCUCGACUCGGCAUCCCUAGCUACCAUUGGUGGGGCGAAGCAUUACACGGUAUAGUUUACGUGGGCAAUGCAACCUACGGCAUCAACUUCAACGGGACCAUUCGGUCUGCCACCAGCUUCCCUCAGGUCCUUCUCACAACUGCUUCUUUCAAUCCUCAGAUCUGGUUUCGCAUUGGUCAAGUGAUUGGAGAAGAAGCUAGAGCAUUGUAUAAUGCUGGACAAGCAACUGGACUCACAUUUUGGUCCCCAAAUAUUAACAUAUUCAGAGACCCAAGAUGGGGUAGAGGCCAAGAGACACCAGGAGAAGACCCAUUGGUUGCAGGGAAGUAUGCGAUGUUAUUUGUAAGAGGAGUUCAAGGUGAUUCUUUUGAAGGAGGGAAACUUGGGGUUGGUGAUCAUCUUCAAGCUUCAGCUUGCUGUAAGCAUUUCACAGCUUAUGACCUCGAUAAUUGGAAGGGCGUGAGCACUUUAGUGUUUGAUGCUCGUGUGACGUUGCAGGAUUUGGCGGAUACCUUCCAGCCUCCAUUUCAUAGUUGCAUAGUGGAAGGGAAAGCCAGUGGGAUAAUGUGCGCUUAUAAUCGUGUCAAUGGAGUCCCAAAUUGUGCAGAUUAUAAUCUCUUGUCUAAGACGGCCAGAGGAAAAUGGGGUUUCCAGGGGUACAUUGUAUCAGACUGUUAUGCGGUUGCCCAGUUGCAUGACAACCAAGGAUACGCAAAAUCGCCGGAGGAUGCCGUCGCAGAUGUCCUGAAAGCUGGAAUGGAUGUGGACUGCGGGGGCUAUGUGUCUAACCAUACCAAAUCAGCUAUAAAGCAGAAAAAAUUGGGAGAAUCAGAAAUAGACAGGGCCCUUGGAAACCUCUUCUCUGUCAGGAUGAGGUUAGGCCUCUUCAAUGGCAAUCCUUUAAAACUGCCCUAUGGAAAUAUCGGUUCAGACAAAGUCUGCUCAAAAGAGCACCAGGAUCUAGCACUUGAGGCUGCUAGAGAGGGCAUUGUCCUUCUAAAGAACUCUGUUAAAUUCCUCCCACUUAAGAAAUCAAAAACCAGAUCUCUUGCUGUUGUAGGCCACAAUGCUGAUGAACCACAAACUAUCCUCGGAAGCUAUAAAGGUCUACCUUGCAACAUUGUUACACCUCUGCAAGCAUUGCAGAAGUAUGUUAAAAAAGUUAGGCAUCACCGCGGUUGCGACACAGCUGGAUGUACUUCAGCUUCUAUAGACAAAGCAGUAAGAAUUGCAAGAGUGGUAGACCAUGUGGUACUAAUAAUAGGAUUGGAUCAAACUCAGGAGAGGGAAGGUCUCGACCGCUUGAAUUUGGUGCUUCCAGGGAAACAGCAGGAGCUCAUCAGAAAAGUUGCAAAAGCUGCAAAGAAGCCUGUUGUUUUGGUUAUUCUUUCUGGAGGUCCAAUAGACAUAACUUUUGCCAAAAAUGAUAACAAAAUUGGCAGCAUUCUGUGGGCAGGUUAUCCAGGAGAAGCUGGAGGGACUGCACUUGCAGAAAUCAUAUUCGGUGACUAUAAUCCAGGAGGAAGAUUACCAGUGACAUGGUAUCCACAAGAUUUUACCAAGGUGCAAAUGGUAGACAUGAGAAUGCGUAGUGAACCAUCUUCAGGUUAUCCAGGGCGCACCUACAGAUUCUAUGGAGGCAAGAAGGUUUUCGAAUUUGGUUAUGGUCUCAGCUACACAAACUAUUCUUACAACUUCAUUUCUGUUUCCAGAACCAAUAUCACCUUUUACAAAAGAAAAUCAAAUCUCAACAGCUACAUAUUAGUUUCAGAUUUAGGUACAGAACUAUGUGAAAAUAGCAAGUUCUGGGUUACCAUCGGAGUUGAGAACACAGGGAUGAUGGCAGGUAGGCACCCAGUGUUGGUUUUUGCAAAACAGGCAAAGCUUGGAAAUGGGAAGCCACUGAAACAGUUGGUUGGUUUCCAGAGUGUGAAGUUGAACGCUAAGGCGAAAGCUGAAAUAAAAUAUGAGCUUAAUCCUUGUGAGCAUCUCACCAGAGCUAAUGAAGAUGGUUCAAUGGUGAUAGACGAGGGGCUGUAUUACUUUAUUGUUGGAUCGGAAGAGUACCCAUUAACUGUCAUUGUUGCUUGAUACCACAUGAAUCUUUGCGUUGUUGAAGCGUAGAUUUAGCUGCCAUUACUGAAUCGCUAUUCUGAAAUAAGUUUGUAUGGAAAUAUGCAAUGCUGCUGCAUAUUGAAUACAACAACAUGAAUCUAAUCUUUUUCCGCUAA